AGAGCGGGACGGAGUUUUUGGAGCACAACCUCCACUUGGUAAAGUUCCAGGUAUUUGAGGCUUUUGUCCAAUAGUAUGAUCCACUUUGGACAAACACAGCAGCCAGCAGGUUGUCCAGUGGGAGGCUGGCUUGGAGAUUUCUGUAGGGUGUGGUUCUCAGGCUUUAAAAAAUUGUAUCUGGCAACUUGUUCUUGGGGUUUCUCUAUAACUACUUUCCCCUUCCUGUUAACCUAUGUCUUUGCCCAUUUUUGUCAAGUAUAUUUUUGACUUAUGUAAUGGAUAAUUACUCAUCCAUAUUUUUUGAGAGGGAUAGAAUUUGGGAUUUGAUAUAGGAAUCUAAGAUUUGUUUUUAAGAGACUAGAGGUGUACAAGAAAGAAUACUAGAAUAAGAAUCAAAGCAUUGGCUUCUGGUAUUUGUUAUCUUGGAGCUGCUAGCCUUGAAAAGGUUGUGACUAUUUUCAGAGCUUUAUUUGUUAGGGUGACUAUAAAAUGGGGAUAACACUGGCCCUUCUCUGCACGGUGAGGCCUAGAGAGGGAAGUUGACUUGCCCAAGGUCAUUGACUAGUCAAUAAUAGAGCCAGAAUUUGAACCUAGGCAGUACAGGCCCUGAGCUAGGCUCCCAGCACUAUUUAUAUUGCCUCUUAAGUAACCAUAGUAACAGUACAGUUGUCCUUACGUGAGAGUCGAUGGGAAACUAUUUCUGCUUACGUACUUUCUGCCAUGGCGGAUUAUCCUUUUCUCUGAUAGGCUCAGCAAAAAAACACAUUUCCAUUAGUUAUUGCUGCUAAGGUACAACCAUUUUAUAGACUGGGAAGCUGAGCCUGAGAGAAGUGAAGUGACUUGUCUAAGGUGACCCAGGCUUUAAAGGAUGGAUGGGGAUUCCAAACCCUGACUCAGUGUUCUUCCUUCUGGUUAAGGUUCAGUGGCUCCCUUCAUAGACCCCGGAAAUUAGGUCGAUUUUUCUCUUCCAUCUCCUCUAAUAGGCUUUAGAGAUUAUUUGCUUAUUUGAGAGGCAGAGAGACAGGGAUAGAGAGUGCUCCCAUAUCCUGGUUCAUCCCCAAAUGCCCUCAAAAACUGGGGCUGGGCCAGGCUGAAGCCAGGAACUGGGGAACACUAUCUAGGUCUCCCAUGUGAGUAGCAGGGACCCAACUGCUUGGCCACUACUGCUGCCUCCCAGGAUCUUUAUUUGCAGGAAGCUGGGAUGGGGGGCCAGAGUGGGUUUUGAAUUCAGGCACUCCAUUAUGGGACAGAGGCGUCGUAACCCACAUUUUACCCACUAGGUCAAAAACCCUCCCCCAGAAGGCUUUUCUUUUCUUUUCUUUUUCUUCUUGGCGGACAGGGGCAGGGAUCAAGGGAUGGGGGAGAUCUUCCAUCCACUGAUUCACUACCCAAAUAGUUAUAACAGCUGAGGCUAGGCCAGGCUGAGCCAGGAGCCAGGCUCUCCUCCGGGUCUCCCAUGUGGGUGGCAGGAACCCAAGUAGCUUGGCCCAACAUCCCCUGCUUUCCCAGGCACAUUAAGGUGGGGCUGGUUCAGAAACAGCAGCCAGCACUGCACCAGUGCUCCAGCAUGGACGCCAGCAUCACUAGUGGCAGCCUGACCUGCGCCUCAGCACUGACCCCCACACCCCAGUAGAUAUUUCCAGGUGUGAUUUUUCCCUUUUUUCUUCUGACCACCCAAACACAACUACAGGGACAUCAAUAAUAAUAGUAAGCUGACCAUGAAUAAUAUCAGAGCCAUUUGGAUUUGUGUAUUUUGUCUACUGUGUUUGUAGCUUAUCAGUAACUAUGAGCUUAACCUUUGCAUGUUUAUAUGGAAACUCCUGGCUUAAUCCGCUUCAGUGACCAUUCACCACAUUGGAAGAGCAUUUAGCACUCAGGGGCUCGCUCAGUGUACUCCUACCUCUCUUUAAAGUCAUUCUGUUGGGGGCCAGCACCUUGGUGUAGUGGGUAAAACCGCAUCCUGCAGUGUGGCAUCCCUUAUGGCCACCGGUUGGAGUCCUGGCUGCUCCAUUUCCGAACCAGCUCUCUGCUAUGGUCUGGGAAAGCAGUGGAAGACGGCCCAAGUCCUUGGACCCCUGCAUGCAUGUGGGAGACCGGAAGAAGCUCCUGACACCCUGCUUUGGGUCAGCACAACUCCAUCAGGGGAGUGAACCAGUGGAUGGAAGACCUCUUUUUGUCUCUCUUUGCCUUUGCAUCCAUCUCUCUAACUCUGCCUUUCAAGUAAACAAACAAAUCGUUAAAAAAAAAAAAAAAAGGGCAUCCUAGAGUCUGUCCUGGAAGAAUUGAAUUAGCAUUCCAUGUGGGCCUGAGUGAAAAUAAGGUUUGGGUACUGCUGGAUUAGGUAAUUCCCUGACAGGUUCAGGUAGUUGUCAAGGUAACAAACCUUCUUGCUGUUGAUUUUGAAUGAAUCAAAAACUCAACCUCUGUCACAAAAAACUGGGAAUCCUUUUCGUCAACUCUGUUGAAGAAAUGAAUUUGGGUUCUUGGGGUUGGCUGUGAGUUCCAUUCAGUAUGUUCAUUGAUAGGUCAGCGAGUCCUGGGCAUUGUGUUAAGGUUCUAGCAUUUCAGGUAGCAACAGUGUUUACUUAAAGGCACUGAGUACUUGGUGCGAGAUCCUCACACUGAGUCCUGAAGCCUGCAGGGACCUGAAGGUGCCCAUGAGCUGGUGGGGCAUGAGGAAGGCUGCCUGGGACACUGGAGAGGUUUUGCUUCCUCUGGACUAGAGGGGGGUCGGGAGCGACAAUGAAGAAGCACCAUUUAAGGAAGGAAUAGGAUCUAGUUGGAGGCAUCGGGAAUGAAGGACUGGCAGCCACCAUUUGCGUGUGAUGUUGAUAAACUUCAUUUUACGCCCCGGAUCCAGAGGCUGAAUGAAUUGGAGGCUCAGACUCGUGUAAAACUGAAUUUCUUGGACCAGAUCGCCAAGUACUGGGAAUUACAGGGAAGCACUCUGAAAAUCCCACACGUGGAGAGAAAGAUCCUGGACCUGUUUCAGCUCAAUAAGUUAGUUGCAGAAGAAGGUGGAUUUGCAGUUGUUUGCAAAGACAGAAAAUGGACCAAAAUUGCCACCAAGAUGGGGUUUGCUCCUGGCAAAGCCGUGGGCUCGCAUAUCAGGGGGCAUUAUGAACGGAUCCUCAACCCCUACAACCUGUUCCUGUCUGGAGACAGCUUGAGGUGUCUGCAGAAGCCAAACCUGACCACAGACACGAAGGACAAGGAAUACAAACCCCACGAUAUUCCCCAGAGGCAGUCGGUGCCGCCCUCGGAAACGUGCCCCCCAGCUCGUCGCGCCAAACGCAUGCGCGCAGAGGCUAUGAAUGUUAAAAUAGAACCAGAAGAGACAACCGAAGCCAGAAUUCAUAAUCUGAGACGUCGGAUGGGUUGUCCAACUCCAAAAUGUGAAAAUGAGAAAGAAAUGAAAAGUAACAUCAAGCAAGAACCAGUUGAGAAGAAAGAUUUUAUUGUAGAAAGUGAGAAGGAAAAGCCUAAGAGUCGAUCUAAAAAAACCACCAAUGCUGUGGACCUGUACGUCUGCCUCCUGUGCGGCAGCGGCAGCGACGAGGACCGGCUUCUCCUGUGUGACGGCUGCGACGACAGCUACCAUACCUUCUGCUUGAUCCCACCGCUCCACGACGUCCCCAAGGGAGACUGGAGGUGUCCUAAGUGUUUGGCUCAGGAAUGUAGUAAGCCACAAGAAGCAUUUGGCUUUGAACAAGCAGCCAGGGACUACACCCUGCGAACUUUUGGGGAAAUGGCAGACGCCUUCAAAUCCGACUACUUCAACAUGCCAGUCCAUAUGGUUCCCACAGAGCUGGUUGAGAAAGAAUUUUGGCGACUGGUAAGCACUAUUGAGGAAGAUGUCACAGUGGAAUAUGGAGCUGACAUCGCCUCAAAGGAAUUUGGCAGUGGCUUCCCUGUACGAGACGGAAAAAUCAAGCUUUCGCCGGAGGAAGAGGAGUACCUUGAUAGUGGCUGGAAUCUGAACAACAUGCCAGUGAUGGAGCAGUCUGUGCUUGCCCACAUCACUGCUGACAUAUGUGGCAUGAAACUUCCGUGGCUGUACGUGGGGAUGUGCUUUUCAUCCUUCUGUUGGCAUAUUGAAGACCACUGGAGCUACUCGAUUAACUACCUGCACUGGGGUGAGCCAAAAACCUGGUACGGCGUCCCCGGCUAUGCUGCCGAGCAGCUGGAGACCGUGAUGAAGAAGCUGGCUCCAGAGCUGUUCGUGUCGCAGCCGGACCUCCUGCACCAGCUUGUGACCAUCAUGAACCCCAACACGCUGAUGACGCAUGAAGUGCCUGUUUACCGAACUAAUCAGUGUGCUGGGGAGUUUGUGAUCACCUUUCCAAGAGCCUACCAUAGUGGUUUUAACCAAGGCUUCAACUUUGCGGAGGCUGUAAACUUCUGCACCGUUGAUUGGCUCCCGCUAGGCCGGCAGUGUGUGGAGCAUUACCGCCUGCUUCACCGUUACUGCGUGUUCUCCCACGAUGAGAUGAUUUGCAAGAUGGCUUCCAAGGCGGAUGUGCUGGACGUGGUAGUGGCUUCAACUGUUCAGAAGGACAUGGCCAUCAUGAUCGAGGAUGAGAAGGCUCUGAGGGAAACUGUCCGUAAAUUGGGAGUGAUCGAUUCAGAAAGAAUGGAUUUUGAGCUGUUGCCAGAUGAUGAGCGUCAGUGUGUAAAAUGUAAAACUACGUGCUUCAUGUCUGCCAUCUCCUGUUCUUGUAAACCUGGCCUGCUCGUGUGCUUGCACCACGUCAAGGAGUUGUGUUCCUGUCCUCCUCAUAAGUACAAGUUGCGAUAUAGAUACACUCUGGAUGACCUCUACCCCAUGAUGAAUGCACUGAAGCUUCGAGCAGAGUCUUACAACGAGUGGGCCUUAACUGUGAAUGAAGCUUUGGAGGCAAAAAUCAACAAGAAGAAAAGCCUUGUGAGCUUUAAGGCUUUAAUUGAGGAAUCCGAGAUGAAGAAGUUCCCGGACAAUGACCUCUUGCGCCACCUCCGCCUGGUCACGCAGGACGCAGAGAAGUGCGCCUCUGUGGCGCAGCAGCUGCUCACCGGCAAGAGGCAGACGAGAUACAGAUCUGGAGGAGGAAAAUCCCAGAAUCAGUUGACGGUGAAUGAGCUCCGCCAGUUUGUGACGCAGUUGUAUGCACUUCCGUGCGUCCUCAGCCAGACACCGUUGCUGAAGGAUCUCUUGGAUCGGGUGGAAGACUUCCAACAGCACAGCCAGAAGCUGCUCUCUGAGGAAAUGCCUAGUGCCGCGGAGCUGCAGGACCUGCUGGACGUCAGCUUUGAGUUUGACGUUGAGCUUCCGCAGCUCGCUGAGAUGCGUGUCCGGCUGGAGCAGGCCCGCUGGCUAGAAGAGGUGCAGCAAGCUUGCCUCGACCCCGGCUCCCUUACUCUAGAUGAUAUGAGACGGCUCAUAGACCUGGGGGUGGGGCUGGCCCCGUAUUCGGCAGUGGAGAAAGCGAUGGCCCGGCUGCAGGAACUGCUCACGGUGUCGGAGCACUGGGAUGACAAGGCCAAGAGUCUCCUCAAGGCCAGACCGCGGCAUUCGCUAAACAGCCUUGCCACAGCAGUCAAGGAGAUUGAGGAGAUCCCUGCCUAUCUGCCCAAUGGGGCAGCUCUGAAAGACUCAGUGCAGAGAGCCAAAGACUGGCUUCAGGACGUAGAGGCCUUGCAGGCUGGAGGACGUGUGCCAGUGUUAGACACACUCCUAGAGCUUGUCACCAGAGGACGGUCGAUCCCUGUGCAUCUGAAUUCUCUGCCGAGACUGGAAUCACUGGUAGCUGAGGUCCAAGCUUGGAAAGAAUGUGCCGCCAACACAUUCUUGACUGAGAAUUCGCCAUAUUCUCUCCUCGAGGUGCUGUGUCCUCGAUGUGAUAUUGGCCUUGUGGGAUUGAAGAGGAAGCAGAGGAAGUUCAAGGAGCCCUUGCUGAGUGGGAAGAAGAGAAGCACCAAACUAGAGAGCCUGAGCGACCUGGAGAGAGCCUUGACCGAGAGCAGAGAGACCGCCUCGGCUAUGGCCGCGCUCGGGGAAGCUCGCCUGCGGGAGAUGGAAGCCUUGCAGUCUCUCCGGCUCGCCAACGAGGGGAAGUUGCUGUCGCCUGUCCAAGACGUGGAGAUGAAAGUGUGCCUGUGUCAGAAGGGCCCGGCCGCCCCCAUGAUCCAGUGUGAACUCUGCAGGGGCGCUUUCCACACUGGCUGCGUGGCGGUGCCCAGUGUGUCACAAGGCCCCCAGAUCUGGCUUUGCCCCCACUGUCGGCGGUCGGAGAAGCCUCCCUUGGAGAAGAUCCUGCCCCUGCUGGCCUCCCUGCAGCGCAUCCGCGUGCGCCUUCCCGAGGGGGACGCGCUGCGCUACAUGAUCGAGAGGACCGUGGACUGGCAGCACAGAGCCCAGCAGCUGCUCUCAGCGCAGGACCGGGUGGGCCCAGGACUGUUGCACAGACGGCCGGCCUCGGCGGGGCAGGCGGCGGAGGCCAGCAAGGUGCCUCAGCCUCCCGGCACUGCGUCCCUUUCCUCGCCCGGUGACUGGGAUAACAGGACCUCGUAUUCACACUGUCCCUUCUCCACUGGACAGAGUUGUGUCCCUCUCCAUGGCCUCAGUCCAGAAGUGAACGAACUGUUAAUGGAAGCCCAGUUGCUGCAAGUGUCCCUUCCUGAAAUUCAGGAACUUUACCAGACCUUACUCGCACAGCCAAGCCCCACGCAGCCGAGCGACCGGAGCUCCCCGGCGCGGCCCGGCAGUGAGAAGAAGGACUGCUGCCGGGGCAAGCGCGACGCAGGCAGCAGUGUGGAGAGGAAGCUCAAGAGACGCCUGGACAGAGACGGCCUCGCCGGCGAGCGGUGGGACCGAGUGAAAAAAACGCGGACACCCAGGAAGAAGAAAAUCAAACUGAGCCACCCCAAGGACACGAGUGAUCUCAAGUUAGAGAGGGAGCGUGGCUACGAGUCGGCCCGUUCUGCCGAAAGCCACUCGCUGCCCUCGGACGCCUCCUACUCGGAGCAGGAGGACUCCGAGGACGAGGACGCCCUGUGCCCGGCCGCCAGCUGCCUGCAGCCGGAAGGAGACGAGGUGGACUGGGUCCAGUGUGAUGGCAGCUGCGAUCAGUGGUUUCACCAGGUCUGUGUUGGUGUCUCUCCAGAGAUGGCAGAGAAGGAGGACUACAUCUGUGUGCGCUGUGCCGGGGAGGACGCGCCGAGCCGCAAGUGACACACAGACCCCCCGCCCAGUGUCAAUCAGGAUUCCCACCGGGAAGAUUUCUUGAAAUCUCAGCAGAGUGCAGGACUGGUAUCGGGCCAGCCUGUAAACGGUGCUAUUUCUAUUCCUUACGGGAUCAUUUUUCCAGAACUCUUUGAAAAAAAGAAAAAACAACUAAAAAAAUUUUUGACACUUUUUGUAUUUUUUUCCUUAAGAGCUGUUUGUGGUUGUUGGGGUGUGAGGUGCUGUUUUCCGCAGGGGCCACCGGCCAGGACGGCACUGGCGCGCGCCUUCUCACGCACGGCACUGGCGUCUCCGCUCUGCCGCGACGCCCCGGCCAGGAGUGCGGCGCGCUGUGCAGGAGGCACCAGGAACUCCAGUGAAUCCUCGCCGAGGACCCUCCCUCGCCCCGUUCCUCUGGCACCAUGUGGGGGACUUUUCCGUUUCCACUUCGGGGUUUCUGUUUGGUUGUUGCUUUCUUUAUCGAUACAGUUUUCUUUUCCUGGUAGUCUAGGUUUAUUUAUCUGAGCAAUAACUUCUAUGUUGGUUUCAGUGGCUGGAAUUAAAACAGAACAAAACAAA